UUUAGGAAUGUGGAGACCAGCUGCGUCACCCUCAAAUCUCCUGGGGUGCCGUCGUCAGAAAACUUCGCUAAAGCUAAUAAAUUAGUCCCAAAAAGCGUUCGGUUUAGGUCAAGCAGGGGGACAAAAAGCCUGCCCCGACAUGAAAUGAUUGUUUCGGGAACGUGAUGCCAAGAGAUUAGCGGCGUUUGCUGUUAGCAAGGAGGCUGCUUUAACCCUCCUCGCGCUGAUUUUACAGGACACAGCUGUUGGGAAACUUCUGCUGAUUGGCGGCACUGUUUUGGUAACAUUGCUCUCCAGGGAGCUCGUCUCUGUCUCCAUGGUAACGUGGCGGACGCCCAGCCUCGGCGUUGUCGCGUUGAGCUGCCUGCAAAGGGGGCGGAACCGGAGAAGAGCGACGGCUCCUCGAAUUCUUUCUCCCCGCAAAGGCAGAACCAGUCGAGGAUGCCAUUUCAUGAAGGAGUCUACUACCCCUACUCCACUGACACCCAGGGGACCCAGUCAUCAGCUGGGAUCCCAUCCCUGCUGAAUUCCCCACUCAGCCAACACUCUGUAAACGGCCAUUCUGUACCUGCACCAGGCAUGACUCCAUCGAGCGGAGCCUCUGCCGUCCUCCCUUUUAAGUUCCGCCCGCGCAGGGAGAGCGUGGACUGGCGGCGAAUCAACGCAGUGGACAUAGACCUGGUGGUGAGCCAGCUGGAUGUGGACGCUCUUCAGGAGCACAUCAGCACAGUGACCUUCUGCAGCUUGGAGGGGGAGCGAUGUCAGCGGUGCCAAAGUCCCGUUGACCCGGCUCUAGUCAAGCUCUUGCAGCUGGCCCAGCUCACGGUGGAGUGGCUCCUCCACUGUCAAGAAUUUCUCACUCUCAACCUGCAUGCAGCGGAGGAGAGGUUGGCGGCUGCCGGCAGAGAGCGUGAGCAGCUGUUGGCCCAGCAGAAAAAGCAGGAGGAGAAGGUGAAGGCGCUCACUGCCGAGCUCAAGCAGAGGAAGAAGGUUAUUCGCACCCAGCAGUCCCUGCUCACGCCUCGAAUCAUCAGUGGCCAGAAGUGUACGCAGUGUGAUAAAUCCUUCCUCAAUUCCUCCUUUCUCCAGAAUCACAUGCAGCGCCGCCACCCUGACGAGUACGAGAUUCAGUUGCGUUCAGAUAGUGAGAAGAAAUGUCAGAUUGAUGACCUCAAAUCGGAGAUCAGCCGUCUGAAGGAGCAGAUUGUUCAGCAGCAACAGGACUUGCAAAUCAAAACAGCUCAGGAAAGAGAGCAGCAGUCCAUCCACAAAGACCUGCUGAGGGAAAUGGACCGUUUUAAAGCUGAGGAGAUGGCGCGCAUGGACAGAAAGAUAGAAGACAGCAGGGAUGGCAUUCGCAGGGAGAUGGAAUUUCUUUACACCAGAAAUAUUCAAGCUCUCAAUGAAACGAAUCAGAAUCAGAACGCCAGGCAUGAAAAAUCAGCCAGCCCAGUUCACUCGCAGCCAGAGAGAGAUGUGGACAACUACAGAGAGAUGCACACACAAGCCAUCCAAAAGUUGGAACACCAAAUGAAGAAACAGGAUAAAAAGUGGGAAUCCAGGCUGCAGGACUUAAAGAAUCAACACGACUCUGAAAAGAAUCAGUUGCUGAAUGAGCUGAGCAGAAUGCAGUCGUCUGUGUCUGACCACCAGGAACGCAGCCAGAGGCUGCAGCAGGAGAUGGGGAGGAGGCUGCAGGAGAAGGAGCAAACCAUCAAGGCUCAGAGGGAGCAGAUCAGGAAUAUUUCCUCAAAUCCACCCACCAAAGUUGUGGAAGUGCCAGUCAUUGUUAGUGCACCAGCUCCGGAGCCUAAACCAAAGAGAGUUGUACUUGAGGAGCCAGUCUGUGCUCUGAAGCUGGAUCCUAUACAGGAGCUGUCAGAAGAGGAGAAAGACUCAAGCAGCUUCUCUGAGAGGAGGCCAAUGGAGAAGAAGCCUGACCCUGCACCGGAGAAGAAGCAGAGGGUGACCUCCAGCACUCUGAAAAGGAACACCAGCAUCAAGAAAGAUAUGCGGCCAGAUGUCGAGCAGGCUGUUAUUAUAAAGCUGGAGAACUUGGGAGUCAAGCCUGAUCAGAGUGGUCUGAAGAACAGAGAGCUUACUUCCAUGCUGGCCAAGGUGCAUUCAAAGCGGGAGAAAUUUGCCAAGGGGAAGCCGGACUACUGGCGCCAGCGGGAGGAGAUAGCCAGCACUGUGGAGCAGAAGCUUGGUAGUCAGAGGAGAGGCAGCGACCCUGCUCCUGACUCACAGGCCAGAUCCAGACAAUCAGUUCAAGUGUUGCAGAUCCGGCCUCGAUCCAGUAGCCUGCCAUCCAGAGCGACCCAGGUAAUGUCUGGACCUGCAGUCAAACAGCCCAAGACCCCCCAGCCGGCACCAAGGACAAAGACCACCACCCAGCCCAAGACGUCUACACCCAGCACCAAGAGCGUGCUGAGGAACUUCACACCCAAGACUCCUCCUUUCAGCUCAGAUGAGGAAUCUGAAGAAGAGGACACAGAUAUGGAGGAGGAACAGUCCCAAAAACACCAGCCGGGCAAAUCACCACAGUCCAGACAAAACCAGGCAACCCCAAUCCAAAUCAGAGCAAGCAAAGCCAGUCCAGUCCAGGCUAGGCAGGCGUCAGCCAGUCACUUAUUCUCCUCCAACCACCAGCAGGCCAGGGUGUCAGUGGGUGGUGUCACCGAGACAUCAGUCACAAAGAUGGAGAGCGAUGAGGAGGAGGACGAGUGGUCUGAGGUCAGCGAGCUGCAGGAGAUCGACCCAAGACAACUCCAGAGUCACAAAGACCAGAACGGCAACGUGGAUAAGAGAAGCUUUGGGAAAGAGAACAGAAUCAGUGACCUGGCCAGAAAAAUGGAGAAGCAGUUUGCAGGGAGGGCGGUGAAGAAACCAGCAGGGGGCGUCAGCAUCUUACCAGAGAGGAAGGAUGAGGUUCAGGAACUCAUGUACACAGAUCUGGAGGAGAGCAGCGAUUGGAUGGUCUCCUCCUUAGAGGACAGACAGGAAAUGUCUAAACCAGCUCAGGGCUCUGGACCAAUGAGGAAGAGCCUGGACUCACCCAGCACCAGCGUCUGGGGAACUUCCACGGGAAAGGGUCCCAAAUCAGGUCUGACUGAAGCUGGAACAGGAAGCACCCUGAAGAGCAGCCUGUGCUCCCUCAGUGAUAUCAGUGACUCCGAGGACAUUAGCAAUAAACACAACAAACACUACAGCUGAUCAGGUGACGUAGCUCCACGCCAAGCACAGACACAACAACCUCAGUCCAUGCCAAAUAGCCAUAUUUUACUCUGUUCUUUGUUGGAAACUAUAAUACAGAGAGAGCAAUGCUUAAAAGAGGAUUCCAGAAUUGUUUUCUAAUCAAUAAAUAUGUUAGAGAUAAAUUAGAUUACAGCAGUCUCACCUUAUGCCUUGUGCCAAUUCUUUGCUUGCCUUAGACCUUUUCAGUGUUUUAUUAGAUUCUGUUUUGUAUAUUCAAUGAAACAUAACCGCACUCCAAAUGAGAUACUGUAAUGUAACUUGUGCAAAAUUUUGUACAUCAAGUUUUAUAUUGUGUUAAUGGAGCAAUGAGAUGUGAUUUUGUAUAGAAGAUAUUUAUACAAGCAAUAAAAUAUUUCUCUGUGGAAUACAAAGCUGAAAAUGGUUGAACAUCUAGGCACAUGUCCUCAAGUUUGUUUCUUUCUUCAAACCAACACAAUAACCAAAGAACUGAUUUAUUACAAAUGUGUCAUAUUAUCAUUUUCACCUCACUUCCAAGCUUUAACUUAAAGGAUAACUUUCGUUUUUUUACAACCUGGACCUUAUUUG